AUGAGUGCGAUAUGCAAAUCGCUACAAAUCGACAUGUAUUUUGCGGACUAUAAGGUCACCAUCGGUCCAAGAAUUGGGCAGAAAACCCCGGAUCUGGUUUGUAUGACCAUUGCCGGUAAUUUGAGGAUCGUUGGAGAGAUCAAAGUCCCGUGGGUAAAGGAGCAUGACAUUGCCGCAGCUCUCGAGGAUGUUUUCCCUCGCAAGAUGUCACAUCUUUUCGGCCAGAUCGCACAAUACAUGAAGCUAGCCAAUUUGCGCUACGGGUUCUUAACCACCUAUGAGCAGACGGUCUUUUCACGCCAAAUCGUUUUGAACGGCAGAUGGGUACUUCAGUACAGCGAGCCCAUCAAAGGUAGUACUGCGUCGAAAGAUCCCCUAAAUGGGAACUACGAAGAUCGGGUUUCCGUACGGAAGUGCUUUCUGUACUUGAUACAACUGGCUGGAACAAACCACGUCGGGGGAAAUCCCCUUCCUAUGGCUCAGUGGGUGAGGGAAAGUCCCGUUUAA